AUGCUACCAUUCGCUUUCGAAUAUCCCCCAGAACAAUUGGAUGGCUUUUGGGGUCCGCCCUCAUCCACAAUUGAUUGGUGCGAAGAGAAUUACGUAGUGUCAACUUACAUAGCAGAGGCACUUAAUACUGUAACAAACUCAGUAUUCAUUGCUUUGGCAUUGUUUGCGACAUAUUCAGCUUAUAAGAAUAAAUUAGAACUAAGAUUUAUUUUGUCCACCCUUGGUUUUUGUUUAGUUGGUAUUGGCUCAUGGCUCUUUCAUAUGACCUUACAGUAUAGAUUUCAAUUGUUGGAUGAGUUACCGAUGAUUUAUGCAACUUGUAUCCCAUUUUGGUCUGUAUUCAGUGAAUUCAGAACCCCCAGAGAAUCAGUCUUUGUAGGUAUCGGGAUCUUCUUGGCUGCAAACACAUUGACUUGCGUAUAUCUUUACUUCAAAGAUCCAACUAUACAUCAAGUGUCGUAUGCCAUUCUAAACGCAGGGAUUAUAUUCCAGUCGAUUAACUUGACUCAAAAGCACGUUAAGGACGAUAAAGCGAGAAAGGAAUUGUAUUCCGUGAUGAUUACAGGGGUCUGGACUUUCUUAUUAGGAUAUUUCUUGUGGAAUUUAGAUAUUCACUUUUGCAGUACUGUAAGACUGACAAGAAGAUCUUGGGGGAUGCCGUAUGGAUUCGUGUUGGAGGGCCAUGGAUGGUGGCACAUCUUAACCGGAACUGGUGUGUACUACUAUAUAAUCUACGAAGAGUACUUGAGAUGCUUUCUAAACAAGACAAACCGGUUCUAUAAAUUUUCAUAUGUGUUUGGAUUUUUACCAUUUGUUGAAUGUAUAGACAAAGUUGGUUUGACUAAGUACGAAGCCAUUCAAGAAUUAGCUAGACAUGAUAGAGAAGCGCUUGCAAAGGAUAAAAAGGACAUUUAG